AUGGAUGUCACGGGGUCGGCGUUUUUCGACGUCUUCGGCUUCGAACUCAGCGGCAGCGCGGUAUUCGAUCCCGUGUGCGAGUUCCUAAACCCAUGGCUUCAUCCCGACUAUCAGCUCUCGGCGUGCGCGCAAGCACUUGACGAGGAAGCCGCGUACGAAGAAGAAUACUCCAGCGGCGAGUACGUCAUGGGUCGCGAAGAGAUCUCGAUCGACCAGGGUUCGUUCGAGGGUACAAACACUGGCAACGUCGCCGGGGGCGUUGGAGGUGGAUUUGUCGGCGGCGUCGCCGGAGGUUCCGCCGGAUUCAUCGGCGGCGGCCUCGGCGGCGGCGUCGCGGGACGAUAA